GCCCAGUGGUUUUUCUCGAGCUACUCCACCACUUGCCCGUGGGUGUCGUGACAGACACUCACGGAGCUGUUACCGGGGCGUUUUUCCACCGAACCCAUCGGCCGUAGCAUACCGCAGAAUGAAAAAUGGAGCAGUUUGAGCAACUACUGACGUGUUGCGUGUGUCUCGAUCGAUACCGCAACCCGAAGCUGCUGCCAUGUCAGCAUUCAUUCUGCAUGGAGCCGUGCAUGGACGGCCUGAUCGACUACGUCAAGCGACAGGUCAAGUGUCCAGAAUGCCGUGCCGAACAUCGGAUACCGUACCAGGGUGUGCAGGGUUUCCCGACCAACGUCACCCUGCAGCGGUUCCUCGAGCUGCACAUCGAGAUCACAGGCGAGCUACCCGAUCCCACGUCCGGCCAAAUAAUGGAGCGGUGCAACGUGUGCUCGGAGAAGGCGUACUGUGCGAUGUGUGUGCACUGCGACAAGAAGAUCUGUGGCGACUGCAAGGGCGCCCACAUGGAUAUCCUGCGGCGUGAGAUCAGCCGCAUCAACAACCAGAUCCGGCGCGGAUUGCACCGCCUGAAGGAGGUCCUUGCGGUGGUCGAAAAGAACGCUUCGAACCUGCAGAACAACUGCACGAGCGUGUCGGAGGAGAUCGACGAGAUCUACCGGCGGUUGCAGAAGGCACUCAAAGACCGCACCGAUCACCUGCGCCACGAGAUGGACAAGUACGUGUCGACCGAGCUGAAGAACGUGGUCGCACUGAAGGAGAACCUCGAGCAGGAGAUCGCCAACAUCCAGAGCAACGCGGACCUGGCGGAGAAGUACAUGAACGACACGGUCGAGUGGGACGACUGCGAGCUGAUGGACGCGAAGGAGAUCUUCCUGCGCACGGUCGACUUCAUCCGGAACUUUGACUGCGAAACGAUGGACUACAGCCGCAAGGUGCGCUUCAUCAUGAACAUCGACCCGGGCAAGCUGAUCGCGGAGGUUUCGUCGUACGGUGAUCUAAACCUCCCGAACCACGGUGGUCCCGGAGCGGCCACAAGCCAGAGCCAGGGUUUGCUGCAGGCACCACCUGGGCCGGGUUUGAUGCGCUCCAAGAGUGACCACCGGCUAGCGGCCCAGUUCCGCCAGCAGCAGGAGUCCCAACCGUGGAAUGCCGACGAGGAACCGCUGCUCGGUGGGCGUCGAUUCGGUGAACGGCCACCACAGAAACCUCAGCCACCGGUCGAACGCGAUCGAUAUGGUGCUGGUGAGUCACGCUAUGGUCGUGGCGCAACCGAUUACGAUUACGACGAUGACUCGACGACGUCGGGUCGCGCCGGUAAAGGCCGCUUCCGGUCACGUUUCGCUCGAUCCCACCAACUCGACAACGACUCCGAUGGGGAGUCAAAACCGGCCACCAAAUCGGCGGCUGAGCUCGAGCGCGAACGUAACAAAGUUUCAAGCACGGAGGACUGCGCCAAAGGCCCUCUCAGUGGCAUCUUCCGUCUGAUGGACUCACCGCGUGUCAUGAAACGUCUGCAGGAUCAGGAGAAGGGCAAAAAGAAGGCACCGGUGGCGGCCACCACCGCUACACCCACCCCAGCCAAGCCCUCGCCGUUGGGUGUGAAACCAAAGGCUCCAGCAGCCGGCCGUCAGCUUUCCGAGGACGACGAGAUCGCGAGGAUCAAGCGCCAGAAUAAGGGUGCGUCUGGAUCGAGUGCUGGAGCUGCCACGGGUGUGGUUCCCCCUUCAUCGCAGGCUCCCGAACCGGAGCGACCCACCGCUGAUCGUGUGUCCGCUCUCAAGGUGACCCGUACGGCCACACCCACUUCGGCCGCGAGCGAUGACAGUGACAGCCCGGCGUCACCUGGCGCACGCCGCUCAUCGCCCCACGUCGAGGCCGAAAGUGAUCAGGACGAUUCGGAAGCGAACCGACGCAGCUCGCGUCAAACCACCGGUGCCAAAAAGCCGGCGGCUCGAUCCGCGAGUAGCGAAUCAAACUCGUCCAGCGAAAGCUCGAGCGCCUCACCGGUACCAUCGCCGGCAACGGAGGUGAAACCCAAGACGAUCCUUAAAAACGCGAACGAAUCGUCGGUGCAGCGAAAUGGAACGGCCAGUCCCACGACCACCACUGCCGAGGCUGUGAAGAAACCGUUCCAGAGUCGCUUCCUGCCGCAACCGCAGGCCACAGCACCGGCGGCCGCUGAGAAAAAGGACGAAUCGGAAAGCAGCUCCGAGGAGGAAACUUCUUCCGAGGAGGACUCCGAGGAGGAAGAGGAAGAAGAAGAGGAGAAACCAGUGGUGGCAGCGGUGAAACCGGCCAGUCCGGUCAGUGUCACUCCGACGGCCAGCUCAACGGCGGCUUCGGCUUCACGUUCCCCGAGCAGUCCGCUGUUUGGGCGCGUGUCGCGUCAGGACUCGUCCGAAAGCACGCGCAAGACUUCGCGUGAUGAGCCACGCACAACGAGCGGAUACUCGAGUCCAACGAGCUACCGAAGCCACGCGAACCAUUACGAGCGGGAUGAGAGCCCAAAGUACGGUUCAACUGGUUCCGGUUCGUCAGCGUUGCGAUCGCGAACCACGAGCCACGCGGCUGAGCCCGAGGACAACAAAUACGGCAGUUCCGGUUCGGGGUACACGAGCCGGUUCCUGAACAAAAGCAAGAGCACGGCAGUCGUGGCCCCGGAUGAUGAUGCGACGGAUGAUUCGGACAGCCGGCAUGGUGCCGGUGGACGCAGUCGGUUUAGCGCUUUGCAGGAUCGACGUACGCGUCUGGCUCGCAGUCGUUCCUCGCACAACUUUGGCAACGAUGACGAGGAAGACGAACCCGUCUCACCAACCACCAACUCGCCGUCAGCCUAUCUGGCGGCUAGAUACGGUGCGUCCUCAUCGCUCGCCUCACAACCAGCCGAUCUGUCACGCAGUCGUUCAACACACGCGCUGAAAUCACGCGAGCCCUCACCCGAACGCUCGAGUGCGACUUCCGGUGGCGAUAAGGAUGGUGCCGCGCUCAGUUCGUGGGCGCGCUACCUCAAGAACAAGUACGGCAACCGAUCGACGAAGGACGGGAAGGACUCACCCGGCUCCAGUAGCCUCUCGUCGGGCGUUGGGUCGUCCUCGCUGACGUCACCAUCCGCAUCCUCAGCGAGCACGUCGAGUGCGUCGGCUUCGGCCGCCGCUCGGCGGCUCAGCCUCGGGCUGCCCUUGCGGCAGACGGAUCUGCUUAGCUCGGAUGACGAUUCAAAAAACGGGCUAGGCUCCCCUACCUCUCCUACGGCAGCAGCGGCAGCAGCCGGUAUACCCGGGGCAGCAGGUAUGUCCCCUAGGACACAGUACCUGCAGAAGCGCCGGCAGCUGUUCCAGAUAGGAGGUCGGGGGAGCGAACCAGGUUCCUUCACGUGGCCGCGCGGUAUCGCCGUCGGCCCGGAUAACAGCAUCGUCGUGGCGGACUCGUCCAACCACCGCGUGCAGGUGUUCGACUCGAACGGCAUCUUUGCCAGCGAGUUCGGCCAGUACGGUAACGGGGACGGCGAGUUCGAUUGUUUGGCCGGUGUAGCGGUCAACCGGAUCGGCCAGUUCAUCAUUGCCGACAGAUACAACCACCGGAUUCAGGUGCUCGACCCGGCCGGUCGCUUUCUGCGAUCGUUCGGCUCGCAGGGUACCACCGAUGGGAAAUUCAACUAUCCCUGGGGCAUCACCACGGAUGCGCUCGGGUUCAUCUACGUGUGCGAUAAGGAAAAUCACAGAAUUCAGGUAUUCCAAUCCGAUGGAUCGUUUAUUGGCAAGUUUGGCAGCUGCGGCAAGGAAAAGGGCCAGCUCGAGCACCCGCACUACAUCGCCGUCUCCAACACGAACCGCGUCAUCGUGUCCGACUCGAACAACCACCGUGUGCAGAUUUUUGACGUCAACGGUCGCGUCCUGACGACGUUUGGGGGCGAAGGCUCCGAGGAAGGUCAAUUUAAAUUCCCCAGGGGCGUAGCGGUGGAUGACCAGGGCUACAUCUGCGUGGCCGAUUCAGGCAACAACCGCAUCCAGAUCUUCCACCCGGAUGGCAGCUUCCUGCGUGCGUUCGGUUCCUGGGGCUCCGGAGAUGCCGAGUUCAAGGGGCUCGAAGGGGUCGCCAUCAUGUCGAACGGCAACAUCCUGGUGUGCGAUCGCGAAAAUCAUCGCGUGCAGGUCUUUUGAGGUCCGCAAAACCGCAAACCUCUUUCGGUGGAAAUUCAUCAACGUCAAUUAGUCAACCGAUCCAUCGAGCUGAUUGUAGCGCUGCUCUAUGUGACUGUGUGUGCCUUUUUUUUUUUGAUUUUAUCUCGAAGACUUUGCUUAUUCAAAAUUUAGCUCCAGUCGCAUUUGAACGUGAAACUAGCUUUGCGGGAUCCAAAAUCACCGUGGCGGUUUGGUUUUGGUGGGGGUUUUUUGCUUUUGGUGGAACCGCAGGAAAACCUAAACCACCGGUGAGUGGGCUGAGCGUGGCUGAGCUUUAUCUGCUACAAACAAACACCCGCGCCGGUAAAGAGCGCAUGUUUUGAUAACACCAUAAACACCGACACCGACCAUGCUUGCUAGUUUAAUAAAAUGUAAUGUAAGCUCUGCCGCCCAUUGCCACUAAUGGCCAUAUAUUAUUGUAGUGGCUCCGCGCAGAUAUAGUUAGAUGGAAUAAAGGUUUUUUCUUCUGAAGUUUGUCAAUGCGA